GUCGGCGUCGAAACAUUGAACAAACAAGCAUACAUCGCGACACUUGUACUUCACGCCUGACCGUUCGGAGCACAACGGAACUCCUAAGCAGUCAAUAUGGUGAUCGGCGAAAGGAUGUUCAAGCUGGGCAGCAAGCAGGUCUUUCUGCCCUCGCAUCUCGUCACAAUGCUCCGCCCGAAGCCCACCACCCCGCCGACGCUGGCGACCUUCCGUGUGCCCUUGACCUUCAACAAGCUCGACAUGCGCGACUACCUGCUGCACGCAUACAAGGUCGAGACGGCAGGGAUCCGGUCCCUGGUGGCGCAGCAGCCCAUAGACAAGCCCAAGCCGAACGAGAAGCCCCGGCGGGUGCGGCGGCCGCGGUCGAUAAAGCUCAUGAUUGUCGAGCUGGUGAAGCCGUUUGUGUGGCCGGCGGAGGCCCGCGACGCGUCGGCGUGGAAGCAGCCGGAGAUCAUGGAGCAGGCGCUCAAGAAGCAGGACGCGCUGAUGAAGAAGAUGGAGGAGACACAGAAGACUGGCAAGAUGUUGCUGCGGGAUGAGCAGGAGAAGAGCCGUGACGACAGGCAGCUGCGCGAGCAGGCGAAGGCGCUGUUGGAACAGGGCGGCUGGGAUAACCAGAGGACGUUGGAUCCCAAGUUCGCCGCGAGCGGGAAGAAAUAAGGGGUGUUGUGCGACGAUAGAAGGUGUCGUGGCUGGUUCAGAGAUUUGGGGAGGGAAACAGGACGAGGGGUCAGAGUCGAGCUGCGAGAUGUUAGUGCUCCGCCGACAAGAUGGCGACACGGAGGCCACAAGGAUCCCAAUCGCGACCGGGUGUUCGGCCGUUCGGGCAUGUCUUUCAUGCAGGAUGCGUCAAACACGGAUCCUCAGAGCCACAAGCAUAACUCGACCACCCUCCGCGGCUCUGAUCGCACAGGCAUGGACGGGUGCGAAAAGUCGCUCUUGUUCUCGAUGGGCAGCAGAAGAGGAUGACCGCGGGAGGACGAAAACUCUGGAACGAACUCUUGUAUAAUACAACUGCAUGAGUUGACCUGGCAAGGUCUGGCUUCAUAUUUUGCGGCGAGAGGCCCCCAAUCGGCCGCAUAACUGUAGAUCUAUACGCUUUUAUGAUAUGACAGAACAUGGUAGCAAGAUGAGGGCG